AUGGAUUUAAAAAGGUCCUUCUUAUCAGGAUUUAUUGGAGGCGCAUCAUUAGCUUUUCUAGGAUUAAAAUUACAUCAAUAUAUGAAAUAACAAAAGAGCCAUGUAUAAAAGAAAAAUUAUUCUUCAGAAGAUGAGGAGCAACUUUUAUAAGAAUAAUUAGUAAGGAAUAUUUNUUAUUAGGAAUUAAUAGUGAUGAAUACUAGAAAAUUGAUGAAAUUCGAGGUCACAAUUGACAUUGAUUCUAGAUUACCUGUAUUAGUUCAAGUAAUUGCAGUAUUAGAAGUUCCGAUUAAAUCAAGAAAUCUGUUUAGAUAAGAAAGAGACAAAAACCAUGAUGACAACAACAGAAACAUUAGGGCCUGA